AAUUGAAUUCUUACAAAAAAUGCUGGUGGUGCAGAUCUGACCUAUGGUAAUACCUUGAAAGAGUAUGAAUAUUUCAGCAAACUGCCUCUUCAGUGGUUCCUCAUUAGCAUCUGAAGUGCAUGCCGCUGCUGUUAAUGGAGAUAAGAGUACCCUCCAAAAGCUAAUAGCAGAGCAGGAUGGCUUUUCUCCAUGCAAAUCACAGUCUCUAAGCAAGAGAAGGUAUUAUGGGAUGAAUCAUCAGCUCUACGUGGUAUUCACUCAACAGUUUUUAAAGGAACUCAGAAAUGAAGCAAGAAACUCUGAGCUGAAAGAUAAAGAGGACCAGUUUGGAAGAACUCCUCUUAUGUACUGUGUGUUGGCCGACAGGCUGGACUGCGCAGAGGCUUUGCUGAAGGCUGGAGCAGAUGUUAACAGAGCUGAUCGUAGCCGAAGAACUGCUCUCCAUCUUGCUGCACAAAAGGGAAAUUACCGCUUUAUGAAGCUUUUACUGGCUCGUCGAGGGAACUGGAUGCAGAAGGACUUAGAGGAUAUGACACCGUUACAUUUAACUACACGUCACAAAAGCCCAAAAUGUUUAGCUUUACUGUUAAAACACAUGGCACCUGGAGAAGUGGAUACCCAGGACAGAAACAAGCAAACUGCAUUACAUUGGAGUGCCUACUACAAUAACCCAGAGCAUGUGAAACUUCUCAUAAAACAUGAUUCAAAUAUUGGAAUCCCUGAUAUUGAAGGAAAAAUCCCACUUCACUGGGCAGCUAACAACAAAGACCCUAGUGCGAUUCACACAGUGAAAUGUAUUCUGGAAGCUGCACCUACAGAAUCUCUGCUUAACUGGCAAGACUAUGAAGGACGAACUCCCCUCCAUUUUGCUGUUGCUGAUGGGAAUGUGGCAGUUGUUGAUGUUUUGACCUCCUACGAAGGCUGCAAUGUGACAUCUUAUGACAACUUGUUUCGAACUCCUCUUCACUGGGCAGCCUUACUUGGUCAUGCUCAGAUUGUCCAUCUCUUAUUAGAAAGAAAUAAGUUUGGAACUAUCCCAUCUGAUAGCCAAGGUGCAACUCCUCUACAUUAUGCGGCACAGAGCAACUUUGCUGAAACAGUUGAAGUAUUUUUGAAACAUCCUUCUGUAAAAGAUGACUCAGAUCUUGAGGGAAGAACAUCCUUCAUGUGGGCAGCUGGGAAAGGCAGUGACGACGUCAUUAGGACUAUGCUGAAUUUGAAACUGGAUAUUGAUAUCAAUAUGACAGACAAAUAUGCUGGCACAGCGUUACAUGCUGCUGCACUUUCUGGCCAUGUCAGCACAGUGAAGUUGCUGUUGGAACAUAACGCACAGGUGGAUGCUUUGGAUGUCAUGAAACACACUCCACUUUUCCGAGCCUGUGAGAUGGGGCACAAAGAAGUGAUACAAACACUCAUUAAAGGAGGAGCAAGAGUAGAUUUGGUUGACCAAGAUGGCCAUUCACCCCUUCACUGGGCAGCCCUGGGAGGAAAUGCUGAUGUGUGCCAAAUCUUGAUAGAAAAUAAAAUCAACCCUAAUGUGCAGGAUUAUGCAGGUAGAACACCUCUGCAGUGUGCUGCAUAUGGAGGUUACAUCAACUGCAUGGUAGUGUUACUGGAAAAUAACGCAGAUCCAAAUAUUCAGGAUAAAGAGGGAAGAACUGCUUUACACUGGCUCUGUAAUAAUGGCUACCUUGAUGCUAUAAAGUUACUGCUCGGUUUUGAUGCUUUCCCUAAUCAUAUGGAGAACAGCGAGGAAAGGUACACUCCACUUGAUUAUGCCUUGCUUGGGGAACACCAUGAAGUGAUUCAGUUCAUGUUAGAACAUGGAGCUCUGUCUAUAGCUGCUAUACAGGACAUUGCUGCUUUCAAAAUCCAGGCUGUCUAUAAAGGAUAUAAAGUUAGAAAGGCUUUUCAAGAGAGGAAGAAUCUCCUAAUGAAACACGAACAGCUGAGAAAAGAUGCUGCUGCCAAGAAACGUGAAGAAGAAAGUAAGAGGAAAGAAGCCAAGCUGCAGAAAGGAAUGCAGAGCAUGGAACAAAGUAAGUUUCGAGUACAACAGAAUCCAGCAAAUCGAGAGAAAACAGCCAGCAUCCUGCAGUUGCCUAAUAAACAACCUGAUAUACAGAGUAAGAGACCUCUCUCUCUCAGUGCUUCCCAAAGUCAAGCAGGGAGAAACAGCAGAGGUUCACCUAAAGCUUGUCACAACAAAGGGACAGCAAAGGAGACUUGCCCGUCUUCAGAGUCUCAGAGCGAUGGUCAUAAAAUCAGGCAAGAAUUAUCAAGAAAACAUGUCAAAAGCAAGCCAAGUUGUGUCCAUUUCCAUUGUGGCAAAACAAAAGAGGUAACAAAAGUUGAAGCCAAGCAUCAGGUUGCUGCGGAAGUGGAUGGAGAAAAGCACAAAGAGCACACUGUCGAGGCAAGUGGUACUUCUGCUCGUGGUAACAGAAGGCAUGCUUCUGCUUGUAGGACUGCUAGUGCUGGGGAGAAAUUAAGAGAUCAAAGUCAGUCUUCAUCUGGUAACAGGGACCACUGUGAAGGAAAUUCUGUGUUCGUAUGCAACGUCAGUUGUGCUGGGGGAAUUGCAAGACAUUCAAAGCAGUGUGAAGCUGUUCCGAAGGGCAAAAGGCAUCAGCAAAAAUCCAGAAAUAAAGAGGUAAAUGAUGAGAGAUGUUCACCAGCUGGUUCUAGUAGACCAGGGAGUGCCAAAACGGUGUUUGUAAACACCAGAAAUGCCAGCGUGCAUGCCGUAGAACAAACUAACAAUGUGGGAAAUAAUGAAUUAGCGAAAAAGCCCUCCCCUUUAUUGUCUGCUGAGACAGAACCUACCAGAACCGUGCCAAGAAAUCCAGCAGCGUGUUCUGCCUCUGAUGACAGUCUGAACUUGGAAAAAACAGGCGUAAUUGGAUCCAGGAAUGCAGAUGAUCAAUUAUGUUCUGUCGCAUGGCAAAGUACAAAUAUUGAACUAAUCCCUUUGGAGAUUCGAAUGCAGAUAAUAGAAAAAGAAAGAACAAGAAAAGAGCUGUUUCGGAAGAAGAACUAUGCUGCCACAGUUAUACAGAGGACGUGGAGAAGUUACCAUCUACGACAGGAGUUGUUCCGGCUUCUUAGUGCUAAGCGGCAGUGCAAAGAUGAAGACAAAUGGAGACAAGAGGCAGCUGCCUUCCUCAUUCAGGUUGCCUGGAAGAAACAGCUGAACCAUAGCCCUCUGAAGUCAGCUCCUUCAUGUAAAAAUCUGAAAUCCGUGAACAAAACCAGCUCAGCCAUAAAAACUAGCAAGCAGUCCAUCCUCAAGCAGAUAUACGGACGUUCUCAGGAAGGCAAAGUGUGUCAGCCAGCAAGACCUUCCUCUAAGCUGAAGCUUUCUGAUGUGCCACUGGUCUCAGGAAACAACCUACAGUACGUUAAUUUGCUGGAGAACAUGGGAAGAUCCAAGCAGUUUUCAUACAACAUGAGACCGACCGCUGCUGCAAAAUCAAAACGUACAAGACCAAAGCAGUAAGGAAAACGGGACACUGGAAUUCAAAGAACGCAUCCUGGCAUAAGUGUAACUUCUGUAGUGUGCAAGUCAUCUACAUUUUAAACUUGAACACGUUUUCAAUUUUGUAUUGUAUCAGCAUGACACGCCAAGCAGACUGCUAAGGAGUUGGACUUUAUUUUGUGUACAAAUUAGUUUUUAAACGCAACUGUUAAUUUAUUUACUGACAGGAUGAAAUCUGAACUGCAUUUGGAAACAGAAAACUAAGUGCUGAGCCUAGCAUUGCAGGGCAGUUGCAGUGGUUCACAAACAUUUCCGUUGUCAAAAGUUGAAAUUUUGAACGUGUUUAUUAAAUGGAGUUUCAAUGGAGUGAAACUGUACUGGAGAUGUAACAGUUCUGAAAGACUGCUGUUCAAUUUCACCUCAAAUUUAUUAGAUGUAUUUAUUCAAUGUACUUCAAAACCUCAACAGGAAAGGAAGUACAGACCUCAUGCUCCAUUCUCAGAUAGCUAUGGAUUUGGAAGGACAAGUAGAAAAGUUGACCAAAAAAAAAAAAUCAGUCAGUAAAUGAAGGGUUUUUCCACAGCCUGUGGAAAUUGCUAGGUAUGUUUUCUACUUUUGAGAUAAUCCCCAAUUAUUUAUUUGUUAAUAACUGUAUUUUUAUAUAUGCAUAAAAUGAGUUUCUACAGAAAGCAAGAAAGGACAGGGGCCUGCUCUAGAUGAAAACUUGUCUUUAUAUAAGCUUUGGAGCUGCCACUGUACAGUAUUUACUUUGCACAAAGCCUUUAAAAAUACGAAUUCACCAAAAAUAAGUUAUUCUGAUAUAGGUAUUUCUAUUUUUUUCUAGCUGGAAUUACAUAAUAUUUUUAAGCAUCAUAUUAAUUAAAAUAAAUAGCU